AUGAACAAUGAACCAUUAAUGCUUCAAAAACCAACACACGCUUAUUACCAUGACAUCAAACUUAAAGAUGAGAAUGCUGUGGCCUACCGGAAGGCAUACAAGAUACCACUUCGUUAUUCGGAUGAAUUGCAACGACAACUUAAACAAUAUCUUGAUGCUGGUUUUAUUGAGCCAACAGUAAGUCCAUUUGGUGCUCCAAUUGUCAUGGUACCCAAAGCAAAUGGGGAGGUACGGUUAUGUAAUGACUUUCGUGGUUUAAACAAGCUAACUAUUGCUGAUCAUUUCCACCUCCCCAAUAUGGAAGAGUUGCUAAUGGAGGUGAAGAACUCCACGUACUACUCCAGCAUAGACCUUUGUCAAGGCUAUCAUCAAGUUCUCAUUAAUGAAGCAGAUAAGGAAAAAACUGCGUUCCAUACCCCCUUUGGUAGUUUCCAUUGGGUGGUUAUGCCGUUUGGGCUCAUCAAUGCCCCGGCAUCAUUCCAAAGAAUGAUGGAACAGGUUUUUAGGGAAUACAAUCAUGACUUUAUGUUAAUCUAUUUGGAUGAUUUAAUCAUUUAUUCAAAAAAUCUUAAGGAACACUUGGAACAUUUGAAGUUGGUAUUUGAUACACUUAGAAAAGCUAACCUUCGGGCCAAAUUGAAAAAAUGUAAAUUUAUGUGCAAAACUAUCACAUUUUUGGGUCAUCACAAAUAA